UAUUUUUGCUGUUAAGUUACAAUACAGCAUUAGUCUCAAGUUGAAUACUUUUAAAGCAUUUUACAUCUUCACUUGAACAGAACUCCGUGGUGACCAUGAAACUACUAUUCCUAGUGAUGUGCCUGAUUGGAAUUUGUUCCUCCAUUCCUGUGUCUGAGGAACAUGAUCGAGAGGAGCGCUCAGCUAGUGAUGAGAUGUUCAGGGGUAAUGGGCGUGGUUUGGGAGGGUUUUACCACUAUCAGCCACCACAGUACCCAUCAUACUUCCCUUAUGCCCAGCCUCCCCAAAGUAACUCCGCCCUGAUGGCCCUCCUGCCCUUCCUAUUUGCCAGACUCGCUGCCACUCCUGUGGCAACUCCUGCUGCAGCUCCCGCUCCAGCUCCCGCUCCAGCUGCCUCCGCCACACCGGCCCCAGCAGCGGGAGGAAAAUGAGAUGGGCGUCGCCAGAGGAACCAGAGAGAAAACUCUGACUCCCAUGUCUCCACCUUGUUUACUUAAAUUAUGUUGAUAUUAGCUGCUGUUCAAAGCUGAUUAUUACAUUAUCAAUAAAUUAAUUAAGUUUUAAGAUCCGUCA